UGGUGUCUUUAUAAUUAUAAAUAUAUUAUAAUUAUAAACACACACAUAUAUAUAUACAAUAAAUAAAUAUAAAUAAUAAAAUAAAAGCAAUAAAAAACAAUCUUAUAUAAUAUUAUACUUUUUUUUUUCAUUCUUUUUAAAAAAAACAUAAUUUUAAAAAAUGGAAUCUGUAAAAGAUAAUACACACCAAAAUUUUGACUCCAUAGUAUUUGCUUGUGUUAUUGUAUCGUUUAUAUCAUUUUUUUUCUGGAGAAAUAAUCAUUUUCUUUCAAUUUUUAGUAGACGUAGUAAUACCAGUACUAUAAAUAAUGACUCAAAUGUAAAUAAUAGCAAUAGUAAUGUAAAUAAUAAUAUUAAUAACACAAAUAAUAGUGCCACAAAUAAUUCAAAUGAACCAAUUCAAGAGAAUCAAACAGAAAGUGAACCAUUUCAAGAAAAUUUUUCCUCAGAUAUUCAAGAUUUAAUCAAAAUUAAUAUUAUUCAAAAUGAAAAAAUUCAUCACAGAACAUUCAGAACCUCAAAAAUAUUGAAAGUUUAUGAUUUAAAGAAAUAUUUUUAUCCAAAAGAAAUAGAAUUAAACAAAAGAAUCUUAUUUAUAUAUAAUGGCAGAGCAAUGAUUGACUCACAUACAUUAGGAUCACAUUUAAAUUUAUUAAACGGGAUCAAUCCAGCCUGUAUACAUUGUUUAAUAAAGGAUCAAUUAACUCCAGAUCAAGUUUCAAAUGAUCCAAACUAUUCAGGCUAUAAUGGACAUAAUGGGGACUCCACAUUCACAUGGUUAUGUACAAAAACUCUUUUCUUUUUUACUGGUCUCUUUUUAAGCAUAUUAUGGUUUUUACAAUUCACAAACCCAAAACUUUUUAAUUUUGUUUCUUCUUUUGUCCUAUUAAUUUUAACUUUAUUUUGGGCACUUGGGUUUUACUCAUCAUUAAAAUCCUCAAACACCCAACCAACAAAUACAAAUCAUCCACAUUCAGAUUAAAAUUAAAUAAAAUAAUAAAACAUAAACUAU